AUGAAGAUAAAACAAAAAAAUUGUCAGGAAUUGUCCAGAAGUAUCCAUAUCCUUUGGUGAUCGACAAAGUGUAGUUUAAACUGUAAUUGUUUAAAAGUUUUUCCGUCUACACUUUGAGUUUUUAAAUGUGCGAAUAUCAUUAUGAUUGAUAAACGAUUACAAGCAUAUCGCACGUAUCAGCGCUUUCUUAAGAUAAUGCUGACUAUUGGUGGUUGUUGGCACAUACCAACAAAAUCCAGCAAGUCUAAAUAUUACUGGUCAUUUUGUAUGCUUUUGGCAAUGGCCAUGUACGCGACGUGUACCUUGAAUGUGGUCUAUAACUAUAAACAUAAUUUUACAAUUUUCGUAAAAUAUGUAGGCGUAGCUGUAUCUGGAAUUGGCGUCGCUAUGAAGGUGAUAAUCUUUUUGAUAAAUCGUGACUCUCUGAUAAAUUUUCACCGAACUCUAAAUGAUUUUUUUGAGGAAGAGCUUAUGCAAAACAAGAAAAUACAAACAAUAAUAUUUUCGUCCCUACGUAAAGUGUACAUUCUGGGAUACACAUAUGUCACCAUUAUGGUAGUACUGAUCUUGGUGCAUAUUAUUCCUUCGUACUUGUAUAUAAUCCAUGAUCUCUGUCACUUGCGUUUGACUACCAACUACACCUUGCCGCUCAGCAAGAGAUAUGGAUACUCCUGGACUGUUCCCGACAAUUUUUUGUAUCAUCUUCAUCUGCUUAUAGAGACAAUUCUUCUGUUCCUCAGUGUCACGACGACGGGUGGCGUCGACAGCGUCUUUGGCUUUUAUGCUUAUCAAUUCACUUCGAUGAUGCAUGCCAUGACUUUCAGGUUCACGAAUCCUCUUCUCACUGAGAAGUUUUUGGAUCUGUUGAAAAAAAGCGUAAAAAAACAUAAGAAACUGAUGCGAUGCCGCGACACCCUAGAACACAUCUAUGGACCCAUUAUCUUUUAUCAUACUGUCACCAGUGCGGUAGCUAUUUGCACAUUGAUAUACGAACUGGUACAUGUUUCGAAUUUUAAUAUUAACAACUUAUCCGAGUUUCUGACAUACACUAUGGUAAAGCUGCUUCAAUUGUUUAUGUACGCAUGGAGCGGUACUAUGCUUACAACUGCGAGCGAAGAUUUUCGUAAUGGGAUAUACUUUAGCGAAUGGCCUAAUUCUGCUCUCGAUUGUCACGUGAGAACAAAUGUUACUCUGGUGAUGAUGCAAAAACUUAUGACUAUAAAUGCAGUUUUCUCAUCGGUUAAUAUAGCCUUGUUAACUAAUUUUGUGAAUACUACAAUGUCUUACUUCUUCUUGUUGAGAUCUAUUGAGGAUAAAAACGGCUAAAAGUGGACCAUAUGUUUAAAACACUGGUAAGAACGUAACAUUAUGACGUUUUAAUCGACCGUAUAAAUCUGAAUAAGAGUUUAUGGUCAAUGAGUCACAUCAGCUUUAUCAACGCUUUAAAAUAUUAUUUCUAUUCUAGGAAUGUAAAAAAUAUGAAUUUGAUACUCUUGAAUAAGAAAAUUAAAACUGUUUUGCAAUAAAAUCCAUGUAAUGUAGACUUUAUUGUUAUAGAAUUUAAAUUAAACAAUAAAAAACAUUAAAUUAUAAAAUUUUACUCUUUUAAAUAUGUAACAUAUUUUUAUAUGCACUAUAAAUUCUUUGUUAUAUAUUAUUGUUGUUAUAUAUUAUUGAAUAAUGUAAAAAAGAUAAAUAGAAUAAAGAACACAUGUCCAAAGAGGAGAAGAUGCCGAUUAAAAAUCAGCGGAAAUGGUGGAAGACCUAGUUCUACUAUAUUUUUCUACUCAUCUAUUUUUCAGAUAAAAUCUGUGUCAAAUAAAAUUUUAGUUAAAAUUAAAAUAAUAACUAACAUUUAAUUUUUAAUUUGAAAAAUAUGAAGUAUCAAAUUGAAUAAUUUAUAAAAUACAUUUAAAAAGUUUUCAUUAUUUUUUUCUGAUAAUUAUCAUUGGCGAUAGUAGUUGAAUCCUUACUUUGUUAAAAUACAUUUAUUUGCAAUAAUAUUAAAAGUAAAAACCGAACUAUCUAAAAUAAAAAGAAAAAUUGUUCAUUUACAUUUUCUUCAGAUUCUAACUACACAUUAAAAAAAACUAAUUUGUUAUAAUAAAAGUGAUAUUACUUGUUUAAAACACUUGUUUGCGAAAACACAUAAUGAUUUGAAUUUAAAGCAUAUCCUCUCUAGCUAAAUGUGUAGUCGAUUCAUAUUUAUGUAUUACAAGAAUUUAUUACUAUUAUUACUAUAAUAUAUUACUAUAAUUUUAAAUAAAUAACAAAUUAUAAUAUUACAAUCUUUAAUUACUCUUCCAUGUAUGUCAAAAAUUUAUUUUAUUAAUCAAGUUGAUUAAUUUCCCGAAAUUUCUGUUGAUUUUAUUUUUGAUAAAAUAAAAAAACAUUUCUACUUCGGUUAAUAAACAAUCACAGUUUUACGUGUUUCUGUUACGUUGUUCUAAUUUUGUUUUGAUAGUUUAUGAAUACUACAAUGUCUUACUUCUUCCUAUUAAAAUUUGUCGGUAAUAAAGGCGAAUAAAAAAGAAUCAAAUAUAAGUUUUAAAAUAAUUGUUUCAAGAUUACAUUUAUACGAAUAAUUUACGUAUUGUUUACACAAAAUAUUUCUACAUAUAGACUCAAACAAUGUAAAUUAUUAUAAAUUGGAUAAUUCAAUACCAAAAAAAGUAAUUAAAUUAGAAGAUUGUUAAUUAAUCUG